AGGGAAAUCUUAGGCAUCGUGCCGAAUAGAGUCAAAUCACCAGAAGCAUGACGGGCCACGUAGUACAUGAUCACACUCCUGGUCUGUAACCGCACCAGAAAAGUCCUCGUCCUCCACGCGUCCUCGUGGUCUCUCUCCGUCCUCUCUUUCCAUACAACAAGGAGAUGAAGAUGGACUUGCGAACUGGUGUGUGUUUGAUCGGGCAUGUCCAAAGGCCCUUGAACGUGACGAGUUUUUUGGUCUCCAACCUGAUCGAGCCCCUGAACAAUGCGGAUUUGUUUCUGGUUUCCCCAAGACCAGACUUGAUCCUGGACGGCUUCGUCAAAAAUGGACACGAGUGCGUGGAAGAAGUUGAGGAAGGAUCUUCAGCUUCGGGGAGCUCUUCAACAUGGUGGGAGGGACAAGGGGUCAGCUUGAUUCCACCGAUGGAGGGCGAAAGAGAUCGGCUAUGGGCACAAACGCGGAAAUACCAUUGUUCGCAGGAUUAUGGGUGUAGGGAAUUCAUCAUCUCUCCAAAUUAGGAGUCAUCAGAGUCAUCUGAGAGAGAGAAAAUACCAAGAGAGGAAAUACCAAGGCCCAGAAGAUGUUCCCCGAGAUGAAUUUCCGAUACCUCUAACAAGAGGUGGUGCGGUUGGAAACGACGAAGGAGGGGGAUUUCUUUGGGAAAGAAGGUCCUGGCGGUGAAGAACAAGAAGCGAGAAGGACAAGUUCUUCAAAAACUUUCCGUAUCUUCACUCUCGAGUCCAUCACGACAGCUCACACUUUGCUGGAUUUUUUCCAUCGUUUCACUGGAGGUGGCUUUCGCAAGGUCUUUGAGGCGAGCCUAGGUCGAAUCAUGUACGGGUGGCGACCUGAGAAAGCGCGUGAAAGGCUGUAUCCAGUGGGCGGACCUAGAGGACAUAUGUCGAUACUCGGGGGAUUGCCCCUGCCGCCUGGGAGGUGUAUUUGA